AUGCGUGAUUGGACGUCCUCGUGGUUUUCAAAUUUCAAAAGAUUCAUGGCAUUAUUGGUUAGUGGCGCCAUCCUAAAUACUGUACGUUACCGUUGGGUUACAGUAAAUUUACGCCCAAUUCAGCUCCCCUCAGAACGGACAGCUCCGGAAAUCACAAAAGUUUCCUGCAGCACAAAAUAG